AACCUCAAUUGUCUCUUCUCACUGCUCACGAACCAGUCAUGACACUCCCACCCUCACAGCCUGAUUCUGCCGACACAAGCACCGCGAAGCGCCCGUCUACUCAAACUCGUUCCUCGAAGGAGAAGACACCACAGCCAUCUGCACGAACCGUCUCCCGGCCCUCAGACUCUCACUCUUCGUCCGCACCUGCGACACAGUCCAAGAAAGAUAACGCCAACAAAGACUUAGACUCCUCCAUGCCGUCUGAUCCACUUCAGUCGACUCUUGGCCCGUCUGCCCAUGCUCAGGACUACAAGAAACUCGGCCGCAGGUCAAGCAAACCCAUCAUCGACUGGUUCCAGCGGAAGCUCGGAGGGACCGUUCGUGCUCGACGUGCCUCUGAAAGCGCUGCUCGUGCACGAGCCUCCAAUGCUACUAAUGCAAGCGGUGCCACAUCCACCAGAGAUAAGAAGAGGCCUCCCUUGCCGGACGGGUUCAAGGAGUUGACGAGGGUCAAGUCUACUCCUUCGAGGGGCCGAAAGAGCGCAGACAAAGAGGUGCGAAGGAGUGUUCAAGAGGAUAACCGGUCGUCUCUUGCGCCUCCGCCUAUCUCGCUAAACGGAGACGAACGCACCGCGUCGGACGAUGGACACGAGGCUAUUCAGGAAGGUGCGGCCUCGACAUACAGGUCCUCUCUUGCCAGAGACUCGUUGUGGUCGCCCGCGAGCCACCUUGAGGCCGAUGAAGAUGCUUCCGUUCGUCCUUUGCCACCUAGCACCCCUCCUUCACCGUCCCCUUCGCGCUCGUCCUCGUCGUAUCUCUCAGACCCGAGGACAUUCAGGAGCAUGGCCGCGAGCACGAAGCCCACCACUGUCCUUAGUAUCGACUUGACUCCGAACGGCAUGGCUCAUAUCGCUCAGGCUCCGCCGACGCCUAUCACUGCUCCUCAAAGAGUACCUACGCACAUGCGCUCCGGCUCAGGUGCUGCAGCUAGCUCUGGUCCUGCUUCCAUAACCUUUUCAGCUCUCGCAUCGUCGCCCGCCUCCUCGCGCCCUUCUUCCGUGCAGAAUUCACCCAACGUCACCUCUCCUAGUCCCACCACUCCUAAUCACCUGCAUGUGACGACAGGCACUCAAGCGUCACAUUAUCCUCAGCAUACCACUCAUCAUCCUCGUAACAACCCCCGUCCAUCUUCGCCACCCAACGAUGACGCCUCGCUGUUCACCCUCGCAUCGUCCGCAUUCGGUAUCCCGGGCGCGCGCACGGCAAUGCUCAACGGUGGCGCAGACUCCAUGUCGGUAUCCCAUCAGUCGCAUUUUGCAGGCUCUCGCAUCCUCGGGGAGGAUAGGUCGCUUCAUUUCGCUCUGGACAAUGAUGGGGAUCGGGAUACAGAUGCUGGGCACCUUGGAGACGGGGAUAUGGAUCUGGACGGGGGAGCCGAGAGGGAAGUCGAUGCUAGUGUGAGAGCAUUGAGGCCCAGGAGCUCGAGGCGCGGUAGUUGGGAGAGCGAGGCCAGUGGCUGGAGUGCCCGUGUUCCGGGGGGCACUGGUGGUGCUGCUUCGAGCUUGAUGGGUCUGCGUCCUGGGACACCGUCUGCGUGGAGGGAUAGGAGUUUGUGGACUGGGACCAGUGUGAGGACAGGUGGUUGGUUGAGUGACCAGAUGGACGCUGGUGAUGUGAGCACGGAUCCGCAAUCGAAGGACGAGGGUGGUGCAGUGGAGAGCGAUGGGUCGAGUUCAAACUCUGAUGAGGCUAAGUCGGAGGACGGCACGCAUGAAGGAGAACCGUCCCCUAUCUCGUCCUCUGGACAUCCACCGAACGCAACCACCGAGGAUAAGGCGGAUGUGCCCCCCGAGUCUACGGAUGCUCCCGCCCCCUUGUCCGCUCUUGCCAAGCAGGAGAAGAAGGAUGCAACCCCGACACGUAUCGAGAUGCCUGCUGCUAUUGCUCACGGAGAUGAACACGAAGCGCACAGUGCUGCUGGGACGGAUGGUUUGACGGAUGUUUGGCAUUCUGCGCCAUCGACGCCGAUGUACUAGGCUGAUUGCUUUUGGCCUUGUAGCUUCCUAUGGAUGUACACUUUCGUUUUAUAUUUUCUCCUGGUUAUCUUCUUGGACCGUUUUGCUCGUGUCCUAAUGACGCUCGUUCUUGUCUCCCCUGGUUAUGAAACAUUCCUUAUGCCCCCCUCUCUUGCUUGUUUAUCCGCGGAUACCCUUCUGUGUAGUUUACUGAUGACCGGUGUCAUUCAUAGUACAUAUCUGUAUACUCACAGUCCGUGAAAGUUUGCCCUCGAUAUAUGCCCUAAUUCCAAACCGAACAUUCUCCU